AGCAUGGAAGAGCCGAUGGACGGGAUCGCGGGCGAGCUCUCGACGCAGCACGGGGGCCUGCGGUCGACGCUGCUCUUCUUCAUGGCGGUGGCGUGGUACAACGUGAUCGAGCUGGUGGUGCUGGUGCUGACGACCUUCCGGCGGUGGCGGGGGCUGUACUUCUGGAGCCUGCUGCUGUCCGGGGUGCUGGGGGUGGCGCCGUACACGGUGGGGUUCCUGCUGAAGUUCUUCACGCAGACGCCGGCGCUGGCGACCGUGACCGUGCUGACGGUCGGCUGGUGGACGAUGGUGACGGGCCAGUCGCUGGUGCUGUACUCGCGGCUGCACCUGGUGCUGCGCGACGAGCGCCUCCUCCACCGCGUGCUGCGCAUGAUCCUCGCCAACGUGCUGCUGCUGCACGUCCCCACCACCGUGCUCACCUACGGCGCCAACCUCCGCCAGACCCCCGCCUGGCUGCGCGGCUACAACAUCAUCGAGAAGCUGCAGCUCACCGGCUUCACCGUCCAGGAGGUCGUCAUCUCCCUGCUGUAUAUCUGGGAGACCGUCAAGCUGCUGCGCAUGUGUGCGGCCCGCGAGAACCGCAAGAUCAUGCGCCAGCUCGUCGGGAUUAACGUCGCCAUGCUGGUGAUGGAUCUGGUGCUGUUGAGUCUUGAGUAUGCGGAUUAUUAUGCCGUGCAGAUUAGUCUGAAGGGCGCGGUGUAUAGUAUUAAGUUGAAGUUGGAGUUUGCCGUGUUGGGCCGGUUGGUUGCUGUCGUGCAUAAUCGGUGUCCGCCGGCGCCGAUUGAUGGGGAUUUGCAGCUG